AUGGACAAUGGGGAUCUCCUUCGCUACGCACUGCAGAGGCGCGAAUACCUCGUCGCCAUGUGGCUCACUCUUCAGCAGCGCUGGUUCGUCACGUCCUUCAACUCCUCGACGCGGGUCGUGGGCUGGGCCGUCGUUGCAUUUGGCGUGGGCCUCGUCACCUUCACUGUGGUGACAUUUGCGCGCAACGUGGUGCCGGUGCUCACCACGCCAGGCACCCUCCCCUAUGUGCUUCUACAGUGCCUCCUUGUGCUUGUCUCCUUCAACAUCUAUGUCAACUAUUUCUGCUCGACAGCAUUCUCGAGGCACAUCGGCCGAGCACCGCCAGCUUACACGUAUCGGGGCCCGUACGCCACCAAUACGGCCGGGGCUCACCACGACGGCUCCGACUCCUCAGAGGACAGUGGCGAUGACGGCGCGCAAGAAGGCGAUGGUAGCCCGUGGGUGUAUGGCAGCACGCAGAUGAGCUCCGUUGUCGCUGGUGUCCCGUUAUCGCAGCACGCGUCUUCCUCUCCGCGCCCCUGCACGGAGGCACCGCGAGGCCCCUUCGACACUACGCUCGACGACUCCCCGUCGCCUCGAGUGCCUGUGCCGGCGGUUACGGGAAUGGCGACACCGUUGCAACCGCUGCUCCCGACGACCAACUUUCCCGGCAUUCGCGUUGUGCGAGUCUUUAGGGGCGACGAGAGCGUGGACGGAGACGCCGCUGCCACGGUGCCGCUACACCAGCAAAAAGCUGGCGUUGCCUGUAGGAGAGGUAGCAUGCGCUCGCUACUCGCUUGUCUCACCCGUCUUACCCGGAGUGCUAGUGCUGUGUUCCAUGUGCUAGGGUGCCACUGGUGCCACCUGCCGAAUCGGCCAAAGACAGUGGCAUCGCUGGACACACUUCUCGAACUCGAAGCGAUUGCUGGAACCGCUGAGCGCUACCCGCCGCGGCUGCGAGUCGCUCGCGUGCUGGACGUGCCGCGGCGCUACUGUCAUCACUGCCGCCGCCUGAAGGCGCCGCGCGAGCACCACUGCGCGAUAUGCAACGAGUGUGUCACGAAGAUGGACCACCAUUGCCCGUGGAUCAACAACUGUGUCGACGCGGAGAACCAGCGCUACUUCCUACUGUUUGUGUGGUGGCUGUGGGUGGGCACCUUGCUGGCCACCGGCUUCCUGGGCUACGGCUACAUACGUGAAAACAGCAACGCCCGCAAGCUUCGGCGACUGCGCGCGCAGUGGAAGACGUCGCCAAACAAGGCCGCUGUGGAGGCGAAACUGCGUGCCCUGCACAUGCCCUACGGCCCUGCCGGUGUACUGCUUACAUCGUAUUUAGCAAGGCUGACACUGGGCGUGGCGGUCAUCGUCUGUCUCUGCAUGUCGCUCUUCCUGUACGUCAACAGGCGCCUGGUGUUGGAGAACACGACGGCGAUCGAGAGCAUUUACGUGCAUGAGAAGCGCACGCACGUCUACCAGUCCACCAACUUUACGUACCGCAGCCCGUACGACUUGGGGAAGUGGCUGAACUUCAUCGACCUCUUCUCCACCGCGCGUGACCCGCUGGUGAAGAUGGUGCUGAGGGCGGAGGCGGAGACGGAUAGGAGAGCCAUAGCGACCCGCCCCGGCGGCUGUGCAGACAACCGUGGAUGGCGCUGGACGGCUGCCGCCAGGCGUUUGGCGCAACGCGUGGGAAUCGUCGUGUGGCUCACCGGCUUUCCAACGUUCCGGCCAAUCUACGGGGAUGGAGUGCACUACCCCACAUUUGACUUGCUUGCGUCCGGUGAGCUGCACCCGCUACUGGCGGAGUAG